ACGACAAGUGCUUGGAAAACAAUUUUCAUGCACGAUCAGAAAGCAUCAAGGUUGUCAACCCGAGGGUCGACCUACGGAUUGACCCACUUUGACCCUGACCCGAUGAGAAAAACGGGCCGUACGCAUCCACCGGGUAGACCGCUACAAGGUACCGGGUUGGAGGUCAAAUUGUGUCAUUUUUUUCUUUGUUUUGCGAAAUGCGUCUAUUUUUCGAUUUUUCUUUUCGCCUAACUUAAUCUUUGGAAUCCUAAGUUGAACAUUUGAAUAUUAAUGUUAUAUAAGUGUGUGUGAAUUUUCACUAUAUGUUGAAUCUAAGUAUGACAUGUUAUUUUGGUGUAAUAUUAUAUGUUAUAACUCAUAUGUUAGAUGAGAUAAGUACAAUAUAGUGACGCUUUCCAUAUUUCCGGACUAAAACGGGUGACCCAUUAACUCUUAACCCACUAGCUCAACCGGGUCCGGGUCAACCCGCGGGUUGACAACCUUGGAGCAGAAAAUGACCGUCCGGUCCGUAACGCUCACAGUCAAAAGCCCAACCAAACGUUCGAGCCCAUCCCAAAAAGAGUUGUUUAGCAGGCUUGGAAUUGGCCAGCAACGCCUUUCGAAACUCCCAAGCCCAAACCUGAUUAAUUGAACCUUUCACAUUACUUGGCCCAAAUCAAACGACUUUUAUCCGGCGUGUGAAGGGCCGAGAUUCCUUUUCCGGGAAAUAUAAGAAGCUUGGCUCCAGAGGAAAAAAAAGCACGCGAAAACUUGCACUCCCGCCAGCUCUCAUUCAUAAAAAAAAAAUUCAAAGUUUCGAAAGGCUUCGAAGAGGUUCCGGUUCCAAUCCGCUCUCAAGCAACUUUGAUCGAAAAUGGCUGCUUCGCCUACAGGUUCCGCAUCCGCGAUGGCUCUCGCUCCGUCUUCGGAAACUGAAUUGGAGCUCACCUCCGUCAUCUACGAUAUGUCGCAGCAAGUCCAGAACGCGAUGGCGGAGAUGCUUAAGAUGACAAGUGAAAUGGACCAAACUUCUGCUGGAGUAACGGAGGAGAUUGGGAAAUGCAAAGAGGCGGCUAUGGAGAGGAAGAAAGCUCUGGACGAAGAGAAAGAGAAGUUCCAGAAAGCUGCUUAUUCCCUUCUGGAUAUACUCAACCGCCGACAUUGAUGACGGUAAACAGGAUUGGAUGUUCUUAAAGAAACAUUAAUUCUAGCUUUAAUAUACACAUUCAAAGGUGCCUGUGGCUAUUGCAUUGUUAAAAUCACAAGAGCACAAUUCCUAGAAUCAAAGAAACAAGAAGGGGAUUACACACAAAAAAGUUGCAAUAAUAUGCUCAGAAAUCCUUUGAAAGUAUGUGUCUGAGAGUCCAUAAGGAAGACACCUACGAGUCAUAUCGAAUAACAGUUCAGAAUCUAAAAAGCAAACAAGUUGUCAUUCUCUCUUAGGGCGUCCAGAUCUUCAACCUUUGUGCCAUCCUCCAUGACAAUUUUGUUUCCUCUGUUACCAAACUUCUUUUCUGCAAGGGAAAGGUGUAUACAAGGUUAAAAUCUCGCUUUAUUGUGUCUGCAAUUCCUUAUACUGCUUACGAGAUGCCACUAAACAUGUUGUAUAGCCGAAUGUGAUGUUGUAAACCUGCUAGUCAGUGCCUGUAGUCCUCUCAUUAUAGGUACUUUCAGCAUGAUGGAAUGAAAUUUGUUGUGUUGCAUAUUUCUGUGCUUGUGCAAUGUUUUAACGCUGAUUAGUGAUUACCAUUUGCCAAGGCUAGUAAGGCAUUAUACUGCCUCUGGCUAGGUCAGUCAGGUAGAAAUAGUUUUUGCACAAACAUGCAUCUAUGCUUGUGUUAGAAAAAAAUAAUGCCAUAGCUAUUUACAUGUUACUUCUUUAUUGAUUGAUGGAUUUCAUAAUACAGUGUUACCUCCCAAUCCUAGAAGUUCCUCGACUGUAUCAGGCUGAUAGACUUGGUAGAUAAUGAAGUUUCAUGUGUUCCUGAAAAAUGAACAUUGAUAAGAAAAGUUAACAAAUUCUCUAUUAGCUCAGUUGCUGAAGGCACAGUGGUGAGUCAUCAACAGAGCAAACAUCAAUAUCUUGAUAGUUGAGCAUCCGAAGUUAGCUAAAAUGAGUGGAGGGCAUUGAAAUUCUCUUUUAGUUAUGAUUGAAGAGUGAAAGCAGAAGCUCCUGGUACCAGGUUUUUAGUCAUUGUGCGCAGGGAGGGAAGACGUUAGUCUUUCUCGCAUAAUAGAACGAAAAGGGCAAUUAGUUUCUGAUUGUGCAUUUGUUGUUUCUUGUAUAAUCUCUUGUGGCUGACGUUUCACACCCCUUUAGGCAUUAGUAGUUUCUGAUUCUAAUUGAUCUAUGUAGUUAUUGGUGCAUUAAAACCUUAAAUAAUCAGGACUAGUUUUGUUUUAGGAUAUACUGAACCAUUAUUUUUAGAAUUUAAUAUGCUGAUCAGCAUUUUGUUUUGCUGCUGCAGAAUGCAAGUUCUGGAGGGUGGGGAUCGCAACUUUUCAGAGUCAAAGACUAUUUGGCAGAAUUGUCUGUGUUUUUGGGCCACUUUUGCUCUUAUCAGAUGUAGUCUUUUCAUGGAUUGUUUCUAUUGUUAAUCACGCUCAGUACAAGUGGGUUCUUCUGUAGCUGUUCACCACAAACUUAUGAGUUAGAUGUUCUUUGAGAAUUGAGAAUUUCCUGACAAGAGAAUGGAAGUGUUUUUUCGUGGACGUACCUGUUCUGUACCAUUCUCGUAGCUCGUCACAUCCCAGAUCCUGCAGUUGCAUGUGUGCCAGCAUUUGCUCUUUCAAGCUUUUCAGGAGGCAGAGGUUCUUGUUUGCAUACCUCAAUAUUUCAUUGCUUGUUCAUUCAGAAGACAAGAAGAUGAGGGAAAUGAGAAGAUAAACAUGUAUAUAAGACCUUGCAGCAAUCUUCUUGUGAUCAUCGACGAGAAGAUAAGUGGUCAUGUCAAGAUAAGCCACAAAGAAAGUUGCGGACAAUGUCGACAUCAAAGAAGGCAUCCACUGCCAUAUCGAUGUGGGAGAGCGUCCCAGUUGCUGCUUUCAUGAAAGCUAGCUCAAAGAUGGAUGGCCAUGCAGAGUACACCACCAGGAAAGUUUGCCACAUCCUGCCGUAUGUAUAAAGAAAAGGUAAGAAACUAACAACUUUUCUCAGGUUGAAUCAAAGCAAAAGAUGAGCUGCUGCUGAUCCCUACUAAUCAACAGCUACCUGUAUCUGUGGUCUUAAGGUGUGAUGAGUGAUGACAUAUUUCUUGAGCUGCAAGUAUCCUUCGUCGAUCACCAUUACAAAAGCUGGCAGAAGGUUGCUUGAAACUGUGGCGAUGUUCCUGAUGAUCUGCCCGCUCGACCUCCGGCAAACAGCAGAGCGAGCUUGUUUCUGACAUCAUUUCAGACAGAUGAGGAAGCGGGGAAAUGCCGAAGGUUAGUACUCUUCCCCUGGCUUAUAUUUCUGUUUCAAGUAUUGAGUUUUAUUCUGCUUAAAGUUCCCAAGGAGCUUUUCAAAGCGUCAUUGUUUGAAAUAAUGUUUUAAUGGUCAU